UAUGACUGUACAUAAAAGUGUACUAUAAUACUGCUGCAUCCUUGGUAUCUCUCGUGGCAUCUCUUUGGACAUGAUAUGGAUGAGCUUAUCAUCCAAGCCGAAGUCCAUAUCCAUCAAGCCGAAGUCAAUCAUAGGGCGGGAACUCGAAACUGCGUGACUGCAUGCCUUGCGUUCGCACCUGGCCGCACUUAGGAUGGCUUUCGGCGAAAUUUAAUUAGCUUCGACGAGUUAUUAUGACACGGGAUAAACACACGACGAUCGUGUUAAGAGGCAACAAAAACAGGACAGCACCACCGUAGAGUUUUCACGCCAUGAAGUACACCAUUCCGGGGCCAAACGUGAAGUUGUUCGGCCGCGCCGUGCAGACGUUGACCAAGAUCGGCGACGAAGUGUACGUGAUCGCCGACGACCGGACGCUGUCGCUGAAAGCGUUCAGCGCCUCCCGGAGCUCGUAUAUGUGCUUCAGCUUUGAACAGAGUUUCUUCAGCACCAGCGAGUUUAGGAGCGAGGGCUACCGGGGCAAAUUGAGUGCGCGCUCGAGCCUCCUGGCCUUCCGGUCCGUGCAGUCGCUCGACCGAACAGUAGAAGAAUGCGUAGUCGAGUUGACGGGUGAUCAGGCAUUGAUCGCUCUACGCUAUCGGCGCGGUCUUACCAAGCGCUUCUGGCUGCCUCUUGUUGAGUACGAGGAACUGCAGUUCUCGUUCCGUGCCGACUCUUAUGCGAGAAGCGUGUGCGGCCAAGCCAAGCUGCUGUCCGACGUGCUCGGCAACUUUCCCAUUAACGUGCCUGAAGUAACGCUGAGGCUAUCACCUGACCGGCUCGACGUCUUCACGCAUUUGGAGGGAGCCGACACGCAGCGUUCUGUUCGCACUAGCGUCAGCGUCCAAGCUGCUGAACUAGACGACCUGCAGUGUAGCGGUGACGUUACCGAACUCACGGUAUGCCUACGUGGUCUGCGUGCGGCGCUAGGAUAUUACGAAGGCCUAACGGUACGGCUGCAACUUGAUGAGCCGGGCAUGCCUUUGGUGGGACAUCUCGACGGUGUGCCGGGUCUCGAAGCGAUUUACGUAGCUGCUACCUUGGCCGGCGGCGGCCGGCCUUUCGCAAGCAGCGCGGCACCGCCGUUGCACAAGCAUGGGCCACCGCGACAAGGCACGGAAACCAGCAGCAAACGCCACCGGGCGUUCCUGCUGGGAUUGACGCGGCCGCCGCUGGACGAGUUCACGUCGCAGUUGCCGCGCGACGAGCAGGUUUUGGCUGAAGAAAGUGACGAGGAAGAAGAAGGCUAAAGCCUGCUCCAUCUGCGCGUGGCAGCAGGCCGGGUGUGUUCACUCUGGUGCUGUUCAUGAUUUGAAUGUAGCGAAAACUUUCUGCUUCCAGUGCACCACGGAUUGGUGGGAGCGAAAGGUUUGUUCCAUGUCUCUGAGAAGGGAACGGCCCCGUUGUGUUGUGUGCCUGCAGUGUGGAGCAAUAUAAAUGCACUUUCUAUUAACGUAAGAAGUUUGUACGACAUAAUGUAAGCACUUAAAGAUACUGGCUGUGUUAUAAGUUCUGUGUUUAGAAGUAUAUUUUGCAAAAGCAAUGUUGCUAAUUUCGCCGUAGUGCUGCUUACAACACAAGCAGCAAUGAUGGGAAUGCUGCAAUGACUUCCAGCAAGCAGCACAGCCAGAAUUGGACAGAGGCAGAGAUGCUGGGAUACAUAAAUCUUUGGCUGACCUGUACUGACAUCAGCCAAACAUAGCUCUUAUGAUCAGAUUCAUUAAAUAAUCUCCAAGAGCUUUACAUUCAAAGAUGCGGUUACAUUUGCUCCAGUUAAUAUUUUCACAAAAAGCCUCCCUUGCAAACCAUUGGAUGCAACUCAGUACAUCAUAACACAUGGCAUCAUAACACAAACAUCAUCAUCAUAACACAAACAAGGCUCCCGUAGUGGGGUCGAAAUGUCUUUUUUUCCUUUUUCAACGAUUGGUCGGCACUUUCUUUUCCCACCAAGAAUUUUCCCAACCAGACGGGUUUCCGUCGAACCCUGGAUUUCAUAACACAUUUUGAGGACAGAUGUCUCAAGCAGUUCGUUUCAUAUUUAGCGUGCAAAGCUGGGAAAGCUACACAAUAAGUUCAGUCAUUAAAUUGUAUCACUGUUAGAGUUUCUUGGUCAGUGAGUUUAGGCAUGGAGCUCUGAAUCUGAAGGGUAUGGGUUUGACACUUUGUCUGGAGUUUCUUCAUUUUUUAUUGAUAAUUCAAAAUUUGCCUCACGUGAACUUUGUGUGGCAUCUUCCGAGUGUCAUAUCCUAUUUAUUAGAUUACAUGCGAUCCCGUGAAACAGGUACAGUGCUCAGCAGUAUAUGCUUCACUGCACACUAACAGCCUAUGCUUGUACUUAUGAAAAGAAAGUAUAGCAAAGUGAUCUGAAGCAACCUAUGACUGGCGUAUAACACAAUCGGUUAAAUUUCAAGGGUUAAAACAUUUUUUUUUCAUUCAGUAUAGAGCCUAAUUAAACAACAGUUACAUAUAAUUGCUGGAAAAAAGCGCUGAAUUACUUUUUGGUGUGAAUGCAGCAAUGCAUAAUGUUUUGCUAGCAUCCACAGCAUUGUACGCAAUAUAUGAAAUGGAGUAUAAUCUUGAUUUCAGCUAAAUAAACAGAUUAAUGGCUGUCCAGCUUUAACUCUGCAACUUCAACACAUACACUAACUUAAUUUUAAAAUUUAAUAAUGAAGCUUAGUUAAUAUGCUGAACAUUACAACUUGGAAUGCAAGUAAUACCUCUCUGUCCUAGUAUCUGUCUCACCUAGUAAUUGAUCUGAGGAGGUGAAAUUGCAUUGUUUGUCAGGGGCAAUAUUUUUUUUUAUCUGGGAUGGAAUAAAGUUGACAGGAAGCUGUGUUAUUACCAGAA